AUGCAGGCUCCUGCAAAGAAAUAUUUAGCAGACAAUACAGUUAAGGUGAUUGUGGUCUUAACAGUGCAUGCUGGUGACAGUACAAGAGUGGAACUGAUAAUACCAGGGGAGCAACACUUUUAUCUGAAGGCUGUGAAUGUUGCUGAGAGACAGAGAUGGUUAGUUGCCUUGGGAUCAUCCAAGGCUUGCCUAACAGAUAGCAGGACCAGGAAGGAGAAAGAAAUCAACGAAAACACUGAAUGCCUGAAAAAGAAGGUAUCUGAGUUGAGAUUGUAUUGUGAUCUUCUUCUCCACCAAGUAAAUACCCUGAAGGAGAACGCACAAUCUGAUCAAUCCAUGUCAACUAACCUAGAGAUUGACAUGGCAACGGUCCUGAGAUCUACUUGCAAUACCUUCAUGAAGACAUUGGAAGAAUGCAUGCAAAUUGCAAAUGCUUCAUUCAGGCCUGAGCUAUUGGAGCCUACAACACCAGAUUCCCCACACGUGGCUGUCGUAAAACCAAACCGAAUUAAACAGCGUCCACCUAGUUACAAUUGCAGAGAAAGGAAUGAACUGAAGAACUGCCAGAAUGGAUUAAUGAUAAAAGAGAACAAGAUUAAGUCUUGGAAAAGGUCACAGUUGGAAAAGGAUGAUCACCGUCAAGGAACUUCAAAAACGGGAAGUGUUGAAAAUGCGGAGGUGAUGACAGAUAACUCUGAAUUAGCAGAUACAGCUGCAGAGGACUCCAGUGUGAAUAUUGAACUUCAGCCUUCUGCAGCUGAAGAAAAAUCUGGUCAGGGCAACGAAGAACCAGGCGGGACAAAUCCUAUAUCUGAUGUAGAAAAGGAAGAGAUACAGACAUUCUUCAGUGCAAUGGAUCAAAGAUUUAAUGAUAUUGAAUUUGAAGAAGACAAUGGAAUUCCUACACUGCCAUUUCUGGAAUCUUGUUAUGCCAUAGUUCCAGUGUUAGACAAACUUGGUCCAACCGUCUUUGCUCCUGUUAAAUUAGACUUUGUAGGUAAUAUUAAGAAAAUAAACCAGAAAUACAUCACUGAUACUACAAAGUUCACUACCCUCCAGAAGAUAGUGCUUCACGAAUUGGAAACUGAAGUAGCAACAGUGAGAAACUCUGCCACCGAGGCACUCCUUUGGUUGAAGAGAGGAUUGAAAUUUCUGAAGGGAUUUCUGGAAGAAGUGAAUAAUGGAGAAAAGGAUAUCCAGAAAGCAUUAAAUGCUUCUUAUGGUAGAACUCUGCGGCAAUAUCAUGGUUGGGUUGUGAGAGGAGUCUUUGCAUUGGCAUUGAGAGCAGCUCCGUUCUAUGAAGCUUUUAUGGCAGCCCUUGCUAUAACCGAAGGAGAUGAACAGAAGGAGGCAUUCUACGAAGGGAUGCAGAGAGAUUUAAACCAGUAUCUUCCAGCCAUGGGAAAGCAAAUAGAGAUCUUGGAUGCUUUGUAUGAAGAAUAUAAUUUGGAAUCUGAUGAAGUGGUAUAACAAUAAAUCAACAUAAUGUUGACUGAAAAGGAAGAAAUUUGACCUUUCCGAGAUACUCUAAUACCACAAAUGAAAUGUGCAGAAGAGCAUUGGUUCGUAUGUUCCAGGCCAUUGAACUGUAUUCCGUUGAAUUACAAAAAAGUGAAGAUGCACACUGCGCAAACAAAUGAGAGGGACUUUUCUACAUAUUGCAAUACUACAUGAUUCAAAACAAUUGUAAGAGGAUAGUGGAAUAAUUAUGGGAUUGUUUGAGUUCAAACAUGUCUUUAUUCAUCAAAAUAAUUACUACCAAAAUAGUCCUCAAAUAUGUAAAAUAAAAUGAAGCCCUAGGGAUUUGCAGCACUAAUUACUGUUCAUAAUAUGUCAUUUAAGGUAAUCUUGAAAAUAAUUGCAUUGUAUUCUCUUUGGUGUAAAUUUAUGAACUCCUAAAAUGUGCAAAAAUGACUCGGCUAUUUAAAAAAUAAUAGGUACAAAAUCCAGUUGAUUUGGGCACUUUUUAAAAUUAAGACACAUGGAUAUUCAUAAGGAUUUGCCUAGCUCCAGUCAGCCCAGACCAUCAGAUUAUGAAUGAAUUUAAUAUGGUUUAUGUUGAGUAAACUGAAGGAAACUCUUUUAAUCUACUCCAUAACAUUUACACAUAAUGCAAAUUAUAUUAAGUCUGACUUAUGGAGUGUUCCACCAAAGUUUAUUUAGGAUGGGAGGCAAAAACUUUGAGAAUGUUACAGCAGAACACCUGUGAUGUUUUUAUACAGCAUUAAACAGGGGAUUUGCUUUGGCCUAGUUGCCACGAGGCUAUUAAUUACAUCUGCCUGUUUUAGUUAUUACAGUGCAGGUGCCCCUGAAAUGUUCCUGAAGCUGAAAGGAAUAUUGCACCUCCUUAAAUAAAGGGACUAAAUAAAUCAGCCAAAGUAACCUCUUGUGCAAACCAAACAGACCAACAUCUACCAAACUGACGUGGGGCAGUGGGUUGAUGAUUUUGGCUCCAAACCAUAUUCUGGGAAAGAUUUGGUCGUAAAGGUAUAUCAUAGGGAAUGCUGGUGUGAACAUUUUAAAAUAAUUGCUCAAUGCUGAGAAGUUGUCAGUGCUAUUUUUAGCUAAUAUGUUAUUGUACCCACAUUGCCAACUGGGUGACUGAGCUAAUCUAACUUAAUCUAGUUUUAGAAUUGUUUCAAUAAUGCAGUAAAUAGACAUUGUACUUACUGUGCAAUUACAGCCACUAGAGUUUAUUUAACUGAGAAAUGCAUUAUGUGUACAUAUAUAGAUAUAUUUUAUACUUAUUUAAUAAAACAUUGCAC